AUGUCGGAUUCUCCAGGGCUGAGGCCGCCGGUGGAGCAUAAGCUACACCCCAAGACGAUCGACGUAGUACCUUCCAAGGCCAACAACCGAAGCAAUGAUCAGGCCUUGGGUGUGCAAUUCCAGAUAAAUAAUAGCAACGAUGCACUAAACACUGCUCCGGAGCUCACUUUCGAGCUUGUUCUUAGCGCAAUUCCAAACCGUGUCAUUGAUGUCUCGUAUGGCACCGCUCAGGCGGCCAAGAUGGUCAGGACGUUUCAACACCCUGUACUGCCUCUUCCAGUUUCUGCUAUUUAA